AUGGCCGGGCCCGGGGCGGAGAUCGGGGCCCUGCUAGCCCAGGUUCACGAAGAUCUUCAGCAGCUGAAGGAGAAGCUCCAAGACAGCAGCCGGGGCUGGGAAGCCGCAGACGUGGGAACCCUUGAAGCUGCUAUUGAAAGAACUGAGAGUGGGUUAAGGAAACACACGGAGAGGUAUUUAUAUGCUAUUAACACAUCCGUCUUAACUAUUUCGCCAACUGAUAACGCAGGCCUGUGCUCAAGACAGAUUUCCAGAUGGGGAAUUCCUCUGGAAGCGUCGCAGAAAGAGGUUGUUUUCCCUGAGACGUCGGCCAUUUCUCUUCAGCGUGGCAUCUCCUCACCACACGUGUCUUCAACUUCAAAGCACAAGCUGUCGGCAAUGCUAAAGGUCUUGUAUGACCCGCAAAACAUCCAACACCGAAAGGCUCUACAGCAGAACUAUGGGGUCAGCGUGCCUCUCAUGAGUCGGCGGAAAAUGGCCCCUGUGCCCCCUCAGAAGUUAGUCAAGGGCGUCACCGUGGGCAACCUCUCAGUGGCUUCGCCUUCCUUCUAUUUGGAUCGUUCGUGCUCUGUAUUGCCUCUGACCAAAAGGGAUGCACAGAAAGGGAUCCUGAAUCUAAUUGAAAGGGGUCUGAUCCCACGUGCUGCCAGGAUUACUCUAGAGAAGCCUCUCGUUCUACCCAAGCCUGCUCCUCUCCAUGAACUUCACACCAAGCACAAGAAACGAGGUGCAGAUGGAAGCAUGGAGAGCAAGAAGACGGAGCCGCACCUGAGCCCUCCCUGCAGCCACCUGAGCAAGGGCAGCAAAGGCACCAAGGGCAGCAUCGCCCCGCCCCCCUCCUGCAUCUCCAUGGUGUCCCUCAAGAAACUCCAGCUCAUCCCAGCCAUCCAGAAGCGGGAGGUUCAACCUGUCUGCCUGCCCAAGGUAUCACGGCUCCCUGCUGCAUCUACUUUCCAGAAUUUGGCAGUAGAAUUUGAUCUUCUGAUUCACAAAGGAAACAUAGACGACAAGGCUUCUGAUCUCGUUGCAUUUAAACAGUACUGCUGCUUAUUCUGGGGAAGCGCCCUUUCUUUCUUGGAUCGGGUUGGCAAUCUUCUGAAAGAUUACGCCGUGCCUUUGGCUAUCAUCAAGGGGAUGAAGGUGAUGGAGCUCCUCCCGGAUUUCGAAUUUCACCAGAGGCCAACCAGGGAGGAACUCCUUUCUGUGAUCAAGAACAGAGUAACAGUCCAGAAGCUUUUAAACCGACCCGGCCAGCGGUACAAAGGUCAGAACGGCGUCAAAGUGGCGGCCACCAAGAUCCAGGCCACGUGGCGGUGUUACAAACUCAGGAAAGCCUAUGUCAGUUUCCGGCAGAGGCAGUGGGCCUCCGGCGUGAUUGCCAUUUCGUGGCUGGUGCGCCUGCAAAUGUGCCGAGUGCGAAAGUCCCUGCAGGAAUCGCGGCAGAAGCAUCUGGAGAACUUCUGCAUCCGGGCCAAGCAUCUGGCCGCCAACUGGAAUCGCAUCAGGACCUCUACAAGGACCGUUAUCCAUAUCCCAUCAUUAGGAUAUACCCAGCAUGUUCGAGAAGCGACUCCUGAUUUUGCUAUUCAUCAGGGUUCACAGAUUGGAAGGCUCUGUGAAAUACAAGACCCUAAUGUGGAUGUCGUCUACGUUAGCCCCCUUCAACUGACCGAGGAAUUACGGCAGUAUUACCAUAAACUCCUCGGUCUGCAGGCAGCCGUUAGUUCCGGGGACCCCAAGGACAUCACUGACCUGCAGGACAGGUUCAAAAUUCUCACCCCCGAAGCCAUAAACAGCUUCCCUAACCGCCCGAUGGCCCUGUCCACCUUCCUGAAGUACAGCCCCAGGACCAUCCAAAGGAUCCGCAACCUGAUCCGAGGUAAAGAGGCCUACAUCGUGGGGGGGCUCCUGCAUCCCGAUGACCUGGAAGUGGCCGACGCCUUGGACCUGCCCAUUUUGGGCCCUGACCCGGAAGUGGCUCGUCUCUACAGUUCCAAGUCGGGAAGCAAAAGGGUCUUUGCUGCCGCUGGCGUGCCAGUGCCUCCCGGUCAGCAUGACAUCUACACCAGGCAACAGAUGGUUGAAGUCCUAAGUCAGCUGAUUAUCGACUACCCAGAAGUGAAACGCUGGAUUUUCAAAGUGGAUAACGACUUUGGGGGAAACGGCAAUGCCUAUUGCGACGUCACCGCACACCUCAAAUGCUAUCCUUGGGUUUGGAAGGAGCGCCAAAGACACGGCCCCGAGAACUGGCAGAAGAAAUGGGCGCAUGAACCAGCUUUGGCGAAGAUCUCCCAGGAGCUGCUGGGCCUUUUAGCACAGCACGCUCAGGCUGUCAAUGAGAAACGAUUUCCUACAUGGGGAAAAUUCCUCCAAACGUUUGUGAGUCAAGGUGGAGUCAUAGAAGCUUUCCCCCCCUCCGACAGCGUCACCAACCUCACGGUGGACAUGCUAAUAGAACCGACUGGCGAGAUCACCGUGGUCUCUUCUGGAGACCAGAUCCAUGCCGACAGCCCCUUGCAAUCCACGGGCACCACCCUCCCACAGGCUUCCGUGGAACCCGGGGUCCUGAACUCGCUGUGCCUGAAGAUCGGGGAGGCCUGCAAAGCCAGAGGAGUGGUGGGGUAUUUUUCUGUCGACUUUGCGACAUUCAUCCAUCCCCAAACCAUGGGCCAGCAGGUGUGGGCCGUAGACCUGGCUCUCCACUACAGCGACCAGUUGGCCUUGACGCAGGUAUUGCUCUAUGUAACAAACGGAAAGCUGGACUGCCGGUCGAGCCACUUUGAAGUACAGCUUGUUCCCAAGAAACCGAAAUUCUGGCAAAUCCAGAAAGAACAACCCCAAACUGCUUCCACAGUCACACGCUCCGUAGUCAUGAGCAGUUCAAUGAUGCACACCAACCUUUCCUUCAUCUACUACAGUGUCUUUCUCCAGAUGUGCAAGGCUCAUGGGAUCGGAUAUGACAUCCAGCAAAAAGAAGGAACAAUUUUUACAAUUUUUGAAGAACAGAAGAGGCAAAGAUUUGGAAUGUUAACAAUUGGAGAACAUCUCCAGGGGGUCCUGAUGACCUUUGCUCACCAUCUCUUCAUCAUCUAUCAAGAAUUAUCAGCACCUAAUAUGCAUGCCGAGACCAAUUUUAAGGGAGCGGUCCGAGAUGUUGAAACAAUCCUGGGAGUUGCAGAACACAACAAGCUACAGUUUGAAGAAGAGGAGCAGCAGGCCUCCAGAGCACAGGCUCCCACAAAAUAG